CCGGUCGGCACCGCAUUCUGCGCAGUGGGCACGGAUGGCCGUGCAAAUGGCGACAUUGGCUGGCCGCAGUGUGUAUGUCCCCGCAUGAGGGGACGGGGGAAUGCUGCAGGCAUUUUCUGCAUCUUCUGAGGGGAACCUGGGCUAUAUAACCGCCGUCAAUAGUCUGACGAGCUCGUCGGCAAAGUCCUCACCUUCUCACCUCCUCAAGUGAAAUUACCUGCUACCGUUUCUCUUUCAUCCUCCAAGCCCUACCAACAGACAAAAGAAUCUACCAAAAUGGCCAUUUUACUCCACCCCCUCCUCGGCAAACCCAUCCAAAAGGGCAACCCCAAUUUCCCCGGCGGCACCCUCAAAUGCCACUGCACCACCAACCCCGUCACCGUCACCCUGACCAGCAACGUCGCCCACAACCACGCCUGCGGCUGCUCCAAAUGCUGGAAACCGGGCGGCGCCCUGUUCUCGGUCGUGGGCGUCGUGCCCCGAGAGAAGGUGGAGGUCUCCUCGCACGCCGAGAAACUGGCCAUCGUGGACGAGGCCGCCGUCAUCCAGCGCCACGCCUGCACGGCCUGCGGGGUGCAUCUGUUCGGGCGCAUCGAGAAGGAUCAUCCUUUCAAGGGGCUGGACUUUGUGCAUGUGGAGCUGUCGGACGAAAAGGGGUGGCAGGAGGUGCAGUUUGCGGGCUUUGUGUCGAGUAUCAUCGAGCAGGGGUUUCCACCCCAGAAGAUGGAGGUGGUACGGGGUCGGUUGCACGAGUUGGGGUUGGAGACGUUUGAUGUGUUGGCGCCCGGGUUGAUGGAUGCUAUUGCGGCUUGGACGGCGGAGAGGGAGGGGAAGUUGAAGGCUUCGCUUUAGAAUAACUCUGGGGUGUCCGGGGGUGGAUUGUUGGUUUCUGGGCAAUGCAUUUUGUGAGAAUGUUAGCGAGGGACUUUGAGGAUUGUGUUGGCAUUUGAUGGCAAUACUAGCACCCAGCUGACAGCAUGAUGAUGGGGAAUUUGCGAUGGACUUGCUGUUUUGAUCUAGCCAUCUUUUGUGGUAAAACUUUGUUGUGUUGAUCAGGACGUGACUGUAUGUUGAUGGUGAUCGGUUUGGGAUAUGAUGACGGCAAUUGGGCUUUUUACGCUGUUCAUAUGAUCAGUGGACGUAGACGUGGAGGACGAACUGUUUUUGUAGAUGAGGAGUUUGGGUACCUUGGGGAAGACUGGUGAGGAAGAACCAGGCACGUACUCAGUCCUACGC